ACACUCUCGGGAUCAGCGCUUUGACGCACCACGCAGAGUUGGAUUAUAGUAUUGCGCGCUGGUCUUUGACGGGGCUUUUUUCCUCCCUCACACUGCCUACACCCUUGCCACUGGCCGGCGAUUGAUAUAUGAUCGGAAUCAAUAUCUUUCCACCACGGUGACCUCUGCUGAGCUUUUUGGAGAACCGAGCGCUGCCUCCUCUCCGGACGCGUGUUGUGAAUUAAUAACUAAGACAGCCUCACCUGGAGUGUGUGUGUGAGUGUGUUUGUGUGUGCGUGUGUUUGUGUGUGUGCGUGUAUGCACUAAAGUGUGUGAGAGAGUUUGUUUCUCUGGAUCAGAUCAAAGAGCGAGGUGUUUCACUGGCCAGGUUCCGCACACGCACAUAUAUAUACACACAGACACAACACACACCGGGGGGAUUUGGGCACCGCAUGCCGGGGACAUGUGGAAGUUUGCGCCGCUGUAGCGCAGCCAGAGAGCCGGUCCACCGCCUCGUCGACCUUCCGUCUCCCUGCCCAGGGGGGGCAAAUUCCCGGUUCACAGCCUUCACACAUCGAACCCCCUCUAAGAAGACCCAAAUGUAAAUUCAGAGCGACACAUUUCAGAAACAAAAAUCGUCCGAAAGGGGAGGACAACGAAAAGGAGGACGGCAUCCCGUUGCGUGCAGAGUUUGGUGAGCUGUUUCGGGGAUUUCAGGGCUUUUAUUUUUGAACGCCCUUGUAUUUUCUUAGUAUUUUGUGGGUCCGAUAUUGGCCCCCACUUGUCGCAAUGAUGGUGGGAACUCUGAGCUCCGUUGGCCCCGGCCGCUCCCCGGUGACUGCGCUGGGGCUGCUGCUGGUGGCUCUCCUGGUGUCGGUCCUGUCCGGCGGAGCGAACGGACAGCCCUGCCCGGCCCAGUGCUCCUGUACCGGGACUACAGUGGACUGUCACGGCCAAGGGCUCCGCAGCGUGCCCAGGAACAUACCCCGCAACACGGAGAGACUGGAUCUCAACGCAAACAACCUCACUAAAAUCACCAAGGCGGAUUUUGCAGGAUUGAGGCAUCUGCGAGUGUUGCAGCUAAUGGAGAACAAAAUCACCACGAUGGAGAGAGGAGCUUUCCAGGACCUGAAGGAGCUGGAGAGACUGCGCCUGAAUCGGAAUAAUCUGGCCGUCUUCCCCGAGCUGCUUUUCCUGGGAACGACAAAGCUUUACAGACUUGAUCUCAGCGAAAACCAGAUUCAGGGGGUUCCAAGGAAAGCCUUCAGGGGAGCUGUGGAGAUCAAGAACCUCCAGUUGGACUACAACCACAUCAGCUGUAUCGAAGAUGGAGCUUUCCGAGCGUUACGUGACCUGGAAGUGCUCACCCUCAACAACACCAACAUCAGCCGACUGUCUGUGGCCAGUUUCAACCACAUGCCGAAGCUCAGGACCUUUCGCCUGCACUCCAACAUGCAGUGUACUGCACGUGGGCCCUGGCUAUCAGAUGGCGCGACGCGACCCCGCCUGGGUACUCUACUCCAAUGCAUGGCCCCGCCCCAUUUGAGGGGGCACAACGUGGCUGAGGUGCAGAAGAAGGAGUUUGCCUGCACAGGUCACCAGUCGUCAUCAUCUUCCUCCUGCAGUGUGUUACAGUGCCCAGAGUCAUGUACCUGCAGCAACAACAUCGUGGACUGCAGAGGGAAGGGACUGACAGAAAUACCCACCAACCUGCCUGAAACCAUCACUGAGAUACGACUGGAGCAGAACGCCAUCAAGGUGAUCCCAGCUGGAGCCUUUUCUCCUUAUAAGAAGCUGCGCAGGAUAGACUUGAGUAACAACCAGAUAUCAGAGUUAGCCUCGGACGCCUUCCAAGGUCUGCGCUCCCUCAACUCUCUGGUGCUAUAUGGGAACAAGAUCACUGAGAUUUCCAAAGCACUGUUUGAGGGACUAUUUUCUCUGCAGCUAUUGUUACUGAAUGCUAAUAAGAUAGCGUGUCUGCGUGUGGACGCAUUUCAAGACCUCCACAACCUCAAUCUGCUCUCACUAUAUGAUAACAAGCUCCAAACCAUCGCCAAGGGGACGUUCUCGUCGCUAAGGGCCAUACAAACGCUUCAUUUAGCACAAAACCCGUUUAUCUGUGACUGCCAUCUGAAGUGGCUGGCAGACUACCUGCAGGACAAUCCCAUCGAGACGAGCGGUGCCCGCUGCACCAGCCCCCGGCGGCUCGCCAACAAACGAAUUGGACAAAUCAAGAGCAAGAAGUUCCGCUGCUCAGCUAGAGAACAGUAUUUCAUCCCAGGUACUGAAGACUACCGCAGUAAGCUAGGAGGGGACUGCUUCGCCGACUUGGCCUGCCCUGAGAAGUGUCGCUGUGAGGGCACCACGGUCGACUGCUCCAACCAGAAACUCACCAAAAUACCAGAUCACGUUCCUCAGUACACCGCCGAACUGCGUCUGAACAACAAUGAAUUCACUGUGCUCGAGGCGACAGGGAUCUUCAAAAAGUUGCCUCAGCUGAGGAAGAUUAACCUGAGUAAUAACCGUAUCACUGACAUAGAGGAGGGGACAUUUGAAGGAGCCUCAGGGGUCAAUGAGUUGAUUCUGACCUCCAACAGACUGGAGAACAUACACCACCGCAUGCUGAAGGGACUCAGUGGCCUCCGCACACUUAUGCUGAGGAGUAACCGUAUCAGCUGUGUGAGUAACAGCAGCUUUGUGGGGUUGAGCUCAGUUCGUCUCCUGUCGCUCUACGACAACCAGAUCACCUCCAUGAACCCCGGAGCCUUUGACACGCUGCACUCCCUGUCCACACUCAACCUUCUGGCUAAUCCCUUCAACUGUAACUGUCACCUGGCCUGGCUCGGUGAUUGGCUGCGAAGGAAACGUAUCGUCACGGGUAACCCUCGCUGCCAGAGUCCUUAUUUCUUAAAGGAGAUCCCCAUCCAGGAUGUAGCUGCCCAGGACUUUGCCUGUGAAGAUGGUAAUGAUGAGAACAGCUGCUCUCCAGUGCUGAGGUGUCCAGCAGAGUGCUCAUGUCUGGACACUGUGGUGCGCUGCAGCAACAAGGGCCUCACCACGCUGCCCAAAGGCCUGCCCAAAGAGACCACUGAACUGUAUCUGGAUGGUAACCACUUCACUCAGGUUCCUGUGGAGCUCUCCAAUUACAAACACUUAACACUCAUUGAUUUGAGUAACAACCAGAUCAGCACGUUGUCCAACCACAGCCUCAGUAACAUGUCUGAGCUGCUUACCCUAAUCCUGAGCUACAACCGCCUGCGGUGCAUACCAGUGAGGGCGUUCGAUGGACUCAAGUCUCUCCGUUUGCUGUCUCUCCAUGGUAACGACAUAUCACUGAUACCAGAGGGAGCCUUCAAAGACCUGUCAUCGCUCUCCCACCUGGCUCUGGGGGCCAACCCUCUGCACUGUGACUGCCACAUGCAGUGGCUGUCAGACUGGGUGAAGAGCGGCUACAAGGAGCCUGGCAUCGCCCGCUGUGCAGGGCCCGGUGACAUGACCGACAAACUGCUGCUCACCACGCCUUCCAAGAAGUUCACCUGCACAGGUCCAGUAGAUAUGAGUAUCCAGGCUAAGUGUGAGCCUUGCCUGUCCAACCCCUGCAAGAAUGAUGGCACCUGCUCCAAUGACCCGGUGAACUACUAUCGCUGCAACUGCCCCUAUGGAUUUAAGGGACAGAACUGUGAGGAGCCCAUUCACGCCUGUAUCAGUAACCCGUGCCUGAAUGGUGGCACGUGCCACCUGAAGGAAGGAGAAGGGAGCAACUUUUGGUGUGUGUGUCCAGAGGGCUUUGAAGGUGACGGAUGUGAGAUCAACAUCGAUGACUGUGAGGACAACGACUGUGAGAACAACUCCACCUGCAUCGAUGGAAUUAACAACUACACAUGCAUGUGCUCACCAGAAUACACAGGGGAGCUUUGUGAAGAAAAACUGGAUUUCUGUGCUCCAGAGCUGAACCCAUGUCAGCACGACUCAAAGUGCAUUUUGACCCCUCAGGGAUACAAGUGUGAGUGCACUCCAGGGUAUGUUGGUGAGCAAUGUGAGCUGGACUAUGACGACUGUGAGGAGAACAAGUGUCAGAACGGAGGUCAGUGCAUUGACGCAGUCAACGGAUACACCUGCGUCUGUCCAGAGGGAUACAGCGGGUUAUUCUGCGAGUUCUCUCCCCCGAUGGUCCUUCCUCGCACCAGCCCCUGUGACAACCACGAGUGCCUCAACGGGGCACAGUGUGUCGUCAUGGGAACAGACCCCCGCUGCCAGUGUCUCCAAGGCUACGAGGGUGAGAGCUGUGAGACGCUCGUCAGUGUCAACUUUGUCAACCGCGAGUCUUACCUGCAACUUCCCUCCAGUCUCCUCUCACCGGAGACCAACAUCAGCCUGCAGAUUGCUACAGAUGAGGACAGUGGCGUGUUGUUGUAUAAAGGGGACAAUGAUCACAUUGCCAUGGAGCUGUACAGGGGACGCCUCAGGGUCAGCUACGAUACUGGAUCUUACCCUCCUUCUGCUAUAUACAGUGUGGAGACAGUGAAUGAUGGCAGCUUCCAUGCCGUGGAGUUGGUCGCUUCAGACCAGACUUUGUCUCUGUCCAUCGACGGCGGGCCGCCCAAAUCCAUCAACUCCCUCAGCAAACAGUCCACACUCAACAUAGAUUCUCCGCUUUACCUAGGAGGUAUGCCAGAACGGGCCUCAGGAUCUGGGGGUCUUUCGUCCCUGCAGCAUAGCUCAGGUGGACGCAACGGCACCAGCUUCCAUGGCUGCCUCCGUAACCUGUACAUCAACGGGAAGCUCCAGAACCUGGGGGCCGGCCUGGGGCCAGGGGCUCCAGGCUCCGGGACUGCACAGAGCACCACCAGACAGUGGCUGGGCCACGGGGUGGAGCCAGGCUGCCAGCCCUGCCAGAGAGGCGCCUGCGUCCAGGGUGACUGCCACCCAACAGGGCAUCGUGGUUUCACCUGCACCUGCCACCCGGGCUGGACGGGAACAGUGUGUGACGAGCAAGUCAACAACCCCUGUGAUGGCAACAAAUGUAUCCAUGGUACCUGCCUUCCAAUCAACUCCUACUCGUACUCCUGUCGCUGCCAGCCUGGGUUUGCUGGUGUACUAUGUGAUGAGCAGGACCAGGAUCCAGCUAACCCCUGCAGUGUGUCUCGCUGUAAACAUGGCAAAUGUAGAGUGUCGGGCCUGGGCAAGGCAUACUGCGAGUGUAACAGUGGAUAUACAGGAGACACGUGCGACAGAGAGGUGGCCUGCCGAGGGGAACGGAUCCGAGAUGUCUACCAGAGACAGCAAGGCUACGCGGCGUGCCAAACCCAGGAGAAGGUCUCCCGCCUAGAGUGUCGGGGAAGCUGCCCGGGGGGAGCAGAAGGACAGGGCACCUGCUGCACCCCCCUCCGCAGCAAACGCAGGAAAUACACUUUCCAGUGCACUGAUGGCUCUUCUUUUGUCCAGGAAGUGGAGAAAGUUGUCAAGUGUGGCUGUACAAAGUGUUCGUCAUAAAAGAAAAAAGAAAAAAAAAAGAGACAACACCCUUGGCAGAUUUCCUCCCUUCCAGAUAUGUUUUAUGUCCUUGCCCGCCUUACUUGACCCCCGUCCCCCUUGUCCAAGGUCCCGAUUCCUCCUGAGAGAAAAACCCUUCACCCUCCAUAGUCCCCUCCCACCACCUUCCCUGUUUUUUUUUAAAAACCCUUAAAAAAGGCAAAAAAAAAAGAAAAAAGAAACAACUAAAAAAGAGUUUCUUUUCUUUGUCAGUGCUGGACUGAUGAUUGAUGCUUCCUCGGUGGGGAUGUUGAAUUGUAUUGUAAAGUACAAAAACAGACUUAUUUUUUAUUAUGAAGUGGAGAAAAAGACAAAAAAAAACAGCACAAGAGUUGACUUUAUUCCCUUGCAUCUACUUCUUUUUGUUGGUCAUGAUGACUCCAAUGGUGUGCCACACUGUCUCUUCCCUGGAGGACUUACCGGUCACUGACGGCUGACCGCUUCCUAUAGACUUCCUGCUUCCUGUCUGUGAGUUGUGUGUUUUAGGAGUAACCUUAACUGGUAGUACCACAGACUCACCACUAGGAGGAGCUGCAUUAAGGCACGGGAGACGGCGGGCGGAGAUAACCCCCUUACAACACAAGAAACCACCACUGUAGUCCUCAGUCUCCCUCAACAGACCUCCUGAACCCUCUGAGACUGUGUGCACGAUCCUACACACAGCUGUGCUUAAACUUGUGGUAUUUUUUUUACAGCUACUGAACGACACACACACAUACAAAUGCUCUCACCUGUAUAAGAGUAAUACAUGAUACCUGCCAGGUUAAAUACAGUACUCUCUGUUUAUCCACCCCCCAGUCAUGAAUGACAAGUAUUUAUUGUAUCAUAAAUACCUGUACUUAUUCAGUAGAGCCCCUAUGUAUCAAUCUGAUUCUUUUAAUAUAUAUUAAUUUAUAUUUGUCCUUAUUUUUGUAUUAAAAAGACAUAAUCUGUCAAGAUAGGUGAACUAACAAAAUGGUGUCCUUUAUUUUGGUUGAAGAGAAGUUGUUUUUUUGAUCACUGAAACUAUUGUGCUUGCCAGAGACCUUAGUUACAUUUUAAUCUGCAAAUGUGACGUGAAGACAUUGUAUAUUUUUGUCGCGUUUCCUGAGAGUUUGUACUGUGCCAUUACCAGAAGGUCUUUAUUUUAGAGUAUAAAUGUAUAGAUAAUUUCCCUACCUAUGUAUUUCACACACAAAUCUUGUGAGUAGCAUUGACCCUAGAGGAUGCUUAGAACUGUUUUUACCUUUUUAACAAAUUUAUGCUUAAAGAAUACUGUGACUUUUUCUAAAUGAAACUACUUUGUUAGCCCCUUGGUCUCCGAUGUUAACAUGUUGCUGCUAAGUUUUUGUACCGUAGACUUGGAUCCUGAUCUGUAUGUUAUAUAGAACUUCCUGCUCCUACUGUACGGGGGCACCUUGUGUAACAGAUAAAUACGUCCCCCCACCUCUACACAUGUGCAUUGUGCUUUAUAUUCCCCUCUUCUCCAUCCCCAGACUAAUGUCAGUUCCCUGACUGAUGUUUGUUUAUUAAACACAAUAUUUACCUCA